CACGGCUGCAUUACAGUUUGAUCAUUUUCUUUGAGAAGCUAAAAUGUGUAAUGAAGAAACUAGGGUGUCUCAUCUAGCUCUAAGAGGAUAUGCUAGGAACUCGUUGUUUUUGAAAAUGACACCAAGUGUUGAUCUGAAUCCUCCUCCGCCACCACCUAAUGUGAGCCAUGAUCAGGCUUCUGCACAACAAAUGCAAAGUGGUAUUGAAUUGUUGGUACCACAAAUAAUUGAUGUUGACUCAAUUGAUGAUGAUGAUGAUGUUGUUAUAUCCUCUGCCCAAGCAUUUGCUGAAGCUACAAAGAAUUCCAGAGCAAAUCGCAGAAAAAUAGUGAUUGAUCUUGAUUCAGAUGAAGGAACUCUGCCAGGCCUUCAAAUGAGUACAGUCAUAAAUUAUUAUCAGCAUGUGAAAAAAGAAAAGCCAAAGCCAAAACCAAAGCCUGUUUUUUGUUGUCCAGUGUGCAUGGACUCAUUGAAAAAUGAGAUGUCCACCAAAUGUGGUCACAUCUUUUGUAUGAAAUGCAUUAAACAAACAAUUACUGUUCAGGGAAAAUGCCCGACCUGUAGACAAAGAAUUACCAUGAAGGAUACCUUUAAGAUCUACCUUCCGGUUAACUAAUUGAGCAAAGGGAUAUAGAGGAGCUGCUAUACACACUCCCAGAUUAUAGUUGUAUUAAUUAUUGAUCAUAACAAUCUCCUUGUAAUGAAUAGAAAUUUCUUUGGGGGUGGGAAACUGGUUUAGUAAGGGUUUUUUUUCUUCUUUUUUUAAAAAAAAUAUUUGUUUAUUUCCUGAAGAAAACUAGAAUGAUCGUCUACAGUUAUACCCGAUUCAAUUGAAUCGGGUGAACGCAAUUAA